GAUGCUUAAGCUGUCCUCCACCGCCGGGGCGGCGGCGGCGACGCGGUUCCUCCGGCUGGCUCCCACAGACCCUCACCGCGAAACACUUCCCCCGUGAGACGCGACGGCGUGGCUGCUGCUGCCGCUCCUCCUCCUCCUCUCCAUACCCCAGCCAAUCUCCUCGGGCUUCCUGCCGCCUUCCGCCUUCCGCCGGAAAUCAAAUUCCGGCGACAUCCGUCCCGAUCCCGGGUCGGAUCUGCUUCACCUACGAGCAAGGAGGCCUCGGUUGGCGUUCUAUAAGUAUCAUACAGCAGCCUACCCCUGCCUGCCCUCUGUUGCUUCUGCAUCUACGAGAGAGAUCAUCAAGCACAGGGGAGAGGGAGAUUGGGGAGGCAUACAGCGAGAGCUCUGCUUCUUCAUGUCGCCGUCUGGAAUUCCCGUCGUGGGUAGCAGCAUAUCCAGGUGUUUGGCCUUGUCUGGUGUGCUGACAACGUACGGACAGAGGCUUGCCGAAUUCCUCGCCGUUCACCGUCUGAUACCCAGCGAGCCCCAGAUCCUGGAGCUGCCGACACCGCCGGAGCUGCCGGAGGACAUCCUGAUGUGCAUAUUCGCCAGCCUUGAGACCCCCGACCUCGUCCGGGCAGGCUCCGUCUGCUCAUCAUGGCGUUCCGCCUGCGCCAGGCUCUGCAAUCUUGGGCUCUUCAGGCAGACACAGACACCGUGCCUCCUAUACACCUCUGAAUCUGCCGGUGAGAGUGCCGCAGGCCUCUUCAGCCUCGUGGAGAACAAAUCCUACACAUUGGCUCUUCCAGACCCACCUAUUCGCACCAGGUAUGUGAUCGGCUCCAACCAUGGUUGGAUCAUCACCGCCGACGAUAGGUCCGAGCUGCACCUCCUCAACCCCAUCACCGGUGACCAGAUCGCCCUGCCUUCCGUCACCACCAUUGAGCAGGUGAAGCCCAUCUUUGAUGAUGCCGGUGCUCUUCACAAGUAUCAGUACUCAUGGUACACCGGCACUCCACGCCUAGUCGACUUCCCUACGCCCUCGGUCUUUUCGCUUGGCGAGCUGCGGGACUACCUCUUUGAGAAGGCAUUUUUGUCGUCUGAUCCAUCGACUGGAGAUUAUUAUGUGGUACUCAAGCAUAAUCCGCAGUCACAACUUUCAUUUGCAAGAGCAGGGGAUGAUAGAUGGACUUGGUUGCCACCACAUGUUAAUUAUGCAGAUUGUUUCUUUAAGGAUGGCCUGCUCUUUGCAUUGGAUUCACGCGGAGAAGUCCGUACGUUUGAUCUCAGUGCACCUGUAGUAACACAAAAUAUCGUUCUGGGGAGAAUGAAGGCUUGGAUCGAGGACUGCAACUACAUGUACAUUGCUCAAGCUCCAUGCGGUGAUUUGUUGCAAGUUUGGAAGUCAAGAAACUGUUUGGGUUGGGACGAUGAGGAUGUUUCAGAACAUGGGCUUGAGGAUGGGGAGGAUGAGUACAUUUCGGAACACAAGCUUGAUGAUGCGACAGAUCUGUCGAGGCUGAAACCUGAGGAUAGGGAGGAUGACGAUGUUUUGGAAUCUGAGUUAGGCUCUGACUCUCAUGUGGUCUUCACCGACAAGUUUGACGUAUUUAAAGUGGAUUUUGCUGCAACAAAACUUGAAGACAUAACUAGCUCAUGUGACAGUGUGAUGUUUCUUGGGCAUAAUCAAUCACUUUGUUUGAGUGCCGAUGAAUAUCCACAGUUAAAGUCCAAUCACGUCUAUUUUACUGAUGAGGAUGAUGCCUAUCAUCAUUUUGGAAGCAUGAAGAGUCAGCGUGAUAUUGGAGUUCUCAACCUUGGAAAUUGCUAUGUUGAAAGAAUUGUAUCACCUCAGCUUUGGUCCAACAUGCCAGCCCCUGUGUGGUUUAUACCAAAUCCCCGGAAGAUACAUUUAGCAUCACAUGAUUAGCCAGAAGAUGCUUCCUUUAUAUUGAUAUAUCAAUCUUUGUACCUCGUUGUAUGUCGUUCCAAUAAUUUUCUUUAAAGAAAAUAAUAAUAAUAAUAGUUUCAAACAAAAAAUCUUGGAACAAGUGGAUAAAUGUGAGGUACAUUUAUGUGGCACGCUAAUG